AGACCUGUGACAGUUUUAAGAUGGUAUACAGAUUAAAUUAUUAAUUUACACAUUUAUAAAAUAUACUUCGAUUAAAAGGCACCACCUUGAUCAACUCCAUUUAAAAAUCCAGUUACAAAGCUUUGAUAACAACACCAAUUGGGCAUUUUAAAUGCUCGUCAUAACCUUUCAAUACUUCUCUUCUUGUAAUAGAGUAUUUUUACUCCAUGUUGCUGUUACUUUAAUUUAAAUAAAUCUUGCAGAUACCUGACCCUCGGAAGAGGCAGGAGGGGGAGUGGGGGCAGUUAAAUAGUUAUUCAACCUACGGGAUCUAAAGAAAGAAACAGCAGUGUUGGCGACGCACCGACGGCACAAGGGGGCAGCAUCUUACCCAAGGACACUUCUGCAUGCAGAUGGGGAAGACUGGGGAUCGAAGUGCAGACCUUCAGUGCAAACAUGAAACUGACUGUGAUCGCUGCAUUAUGCCUGGUUCUUCUUUUCCACAUUCAUCUUUCCAUGGCCAAGAAAAGACUAGGGCUUAAUCUGUUUAAAAAGACUCCAAAAACAAAAACCAACGUGGACACCAAGUCCAAGGGUAAACAACAGUUCAACCAAGGAAGUUACCCCCAGCAGCCAGACAGACCUGGAGGCAAUCCUUACCAAGGAGGUUACCCCCAUCAGCCGGGAAACCCAGCAGGAAGCUAUCCAGCUGCUGGUUACCCUGCACAGGGCUACCCAUAUGGAGGAGGCUAUGGAGGGUAUGCUGGUCAUGGCGGGUAUCCAGGUGGACACAUGAACUACAACCCAAACAACAAAAUCCCAAGCCCUCACUAUGGAGGUAGCUUUGGAUACGGGGCCCACGGCGUGAGGGGAGGCUCUCCCUUUUCCCACUCAGUUCAGGGGAUGGGCGUUUAUCCCCAAGAUAGAUCCAGAGGGUUUGGGCGCAGUGCAGCGAUGGCAGCAGCUGGAGGCGCCAUGGCAGGAAUGGCCCUGGGCUACGGGCUGGGGAGGUUCCCUCGUCCUCACUUCCCCUUCCACAACCCCCAGGAGGAGUACUACUACAACCACUACAUGUACAGGAGAUAUGGUGUCAGGUCUACUGAUACCAAUGACUAUGGCAGAGACUACAGGUACAGCCAACCCCCUCAGACCUACAACAGCUUCAUGGACUCGUGCAUGAAGAGAAGAGACCUUCUGCCGGUGGAGAAUCAAAAGCCAAAACUCAACCAAGCUGCCGUAACCACCACCACAAUUACUUCCACAUCCACCACAACAGCUGCUGCACCACAUACUGGCGGCAGCAACACAACAGAGAGCAACAGCAGCACAGCAGGGAACACCUCGACCUCUUCACCUUCAACUCAAAGGCCUCUCGAUGAAUCUGAAGCCAAACCUGUGCCUCCAGUUCCACAGGCUCUCAGAAAAGCGGCUUCGGAUGAGGACGAUGAUGAAGAUACAGUCAGCAUUGUGGAGAUCGGCUACCCAGCACUGAUCGGACAGAUGAAGGCAAGGAGGUGUGUGGAGCUCUACAUGGUUUACUCUGAAAAGUACUUGAAGAAAACGACAGAGCCUGGCGUCAAAGAUGGGGUGCAGGGACUGGAGAUGUGCUUGCAAGGGUUUUUAGCUCUUGUCACCAGUACCAUAGUGAUGCUACUGAACAGCAAUGUGCUAACAAUGCUGCACUUUUGAAUUUUUUUAAGUACUUUUCCCUUCAGUUUUUGUGUUAUUUUUCUCUCUGUUGAGCUAUAAUUGUAAAAAAAAUGCUGAAUUCAAUUCAAAAGAAGCCACUAUAACCCAUUGAUAGGUUCACAGAAUGAUUGAAAGAUCCAUCACAAAGAAUAUUCAAAGGUGUACUUGGCCAAUGACCAGCAGGGGGAAUCAUCGGAGCUCUAUGAGCAGCUGGAAGCUUUCCAGAUUGACUGGAAUGGAUAAUGGAUAUAAUGUUGUCUCCUUCCUCCUUCUACCAUUGACAUUAAAAAUGAAUGAAAGUUUCAUUUUUUUAAGAGA